AUGCGGUUGCUCGCUCGAGGUAUCCUGGCCUAUUUCACGAUUCAAAGAGCCACCGAAAUCAAGGGUCAAGCCAGUCAAGAGCUGCUGGCUGUUCUUCUUUUACAAAGCAUACUUCCGAUGUUCUCCGGAGUCUUCCGUGUUGACUCGGACGGAGGCUGUGCCUUCUCAGCCAAUCAGAUCUUACCACCGGCCGUUGCAGCGGGAUCCACCCCGGGGCUCCCAUCCCCGGACUUUGUUCUUGGAAACGGAGGAAAGAGGGCUGUACAUAUCCUCGAUCUUGUGUCACCCGCGACCUUCCGGAAGAACUCCUUCCUGCCCUACCAGCAACCACAGACCAUCCUCCUCCUCCUCGCCAUGCAGCUGUCACUUCUCCUCGCUGCGUUUUCUGCGCAGGCAGUCCUUGCCGCACCUCGGAUCAAAAGAGACGCCCUCAAAUCAUGUGUGGAGGAGGUCUUUGGAGGGAACGCGGCUCUGCGCAUCGUGACACCGACUGAUCCUACAUACCACGAUGCGAGAAUCGGAGAGGCCAUCCAGUUUACACAGAUGCCAGUGUUGAUUGCUUACGCAGAAGAGCCAUAUGAAGUUGCACCCUUGAUCCAAUGCGCAAAGACGAGUGGCAUCAAAGCAGUCCCCAGAACCGGUGGUCACCACUUCCUCGGGUACUCCGCCCUCCAAGAUGCCCUCGUCAUCGACAUCACCCACAUCGACUACGUCAACAUCGCAGCAGACAAAAAGACCGCCACCGUCGGCGCCGGCAUCCGCUUCGGCGCCCUCUACACGGCCCUCGGCCAGCAAGGCCUCGACUGGACGGGCGGCAUCUGCCCCACAGUCGGCAUCUCGGGCUUCCUCUCCGCGGGCGGCUUCAACAUGCAGAUGCGCCAAAACGGCCUCGGCGUCGACAACGUCGAGUCCGCAAAGGUAGUCACCUCGGACGGCUGCAUCGUAACGGCCUCCCGCGACGAAAACGCCGACCUCUUCUUCGCCAUCCGCGGCGGCGGCGGCGGAUCCUACGGCAUCGUCAUCGAGUGGACGCUGCGCAUGUACGAGUUCCCCCGGUCCGCCAUGGUGUACCUGCAGUGGAACGGCUCCGACACGCGGUUCGAUAUCGCAAAGACGUUCCAUGAGUGGGCGCCCCGCGCGGACAGCGCCCUCAGCUCGCAGGUGAACUUGUACAAGAACCGCACCGACGUGAUCGGGUGGUGCUACGGCUGCACUCUCGACAAGCUGCAGGGCAUGGUGAACGCCUCCGGGCUCCUGGGUAUCGGCAAACCGGCGGCGUACAUCUCGGGCGGGUGCAACACCAUCAACGCCCGCCUCUUCGGCUACGGCGUCAACGAGUGCGGCGCCGACGAGGCCGUUGCGCAAGUCGCGCCCUUUGUCGUCAACACGAUCCAGCAGCCGUUCGUCCAGAUCCCGGGUUACGCAAACUUCACUUACAACGAGACGACAAAAGCGCCCGAGCUACCCCCCGCGCAGCCCUGGGCGCGCUUCAUCCGCCUGUCGAAAUCCUUCAUGGUCCAAAAGGAUAAGCUGCUCACUGACGAGACGAUGAAGAACGCCAUCUCGCGGAUCGACGAGCUCGACGACGCGGCGCAGGGGUGGAUCGAGUGGCACGCGUGGAACAUUUCGGUCGCGGGCGAUGCGGCGUUUGCGUGGCGCGAGCAGGCGUAUUCGCACAUGGAGUUCAUCGUGUCCAGCUCCGCGGAUGAGAAGGUCCAUGCUGGCUAUGUGAAGUGGUUCAAGAGCCUGGAGGAUUACCUUCGUCCUCUUGUUGGAAUGGCGAGUUACUCGGGCUACAUGGAUGACACGAUUUCCACCCCUCCGCUUGAUUCGUACUACGGCGCCAAUGUCGCAAAGCUGUCUCAAAUCAAGUCCAAGUACGAUCCCCAGGGCUUCUUCGCGAAUCCUCUGAGUAUCAGAGCUCUCUACCCAAACCAAACGGUGACCGGAGACAGCUCGUGCUUGAUGACAAGCUGUAAUCCGGCUGUGGAGCGAGAUUCCGUCGAUGGAAAUAUAACCCACCCGAUUGGGUCCCAAACAUCAGAUGAGUUGAACAAGCUCUCUUACCGAGGCCGUAUCCCGCGCGGGGUCGACCGUGCAAUAAACAUAAGCACCAUGAAUACCACAUUUGACCGAGGAGCGCCAAGACCUGAUGAAUUGAGCGAUGCGGGUUCUCUCUUACGCAUUAUCUCGUUCUGUCCGAAAGCGUCCAUGAUAGAAGAGAAGUUGAGUCACCUUUGGACUUCAUGCUGCCUGCAUGUCUUUUCCUCAUCUAGAACCCGGUCGAGAAUCUUUACAGUGAGCAAACUGCUUCAGUCUCAUCCUCAAAACUCACAUCUUCUUCUGGCGAUGUCUCCCACUGACCAGAGACCAAGGCAACCCCAAACCAUAAUCUGGCUCAAGACCUCAGACCAGUCCUUUGCAAUCCACAAGUCCCUCCUAGUAGAGUCCUCAAAAUACUUCCAACGCUGCCUCGACGGACCCUUCGCCGAAUCCCACACAAACACAAUCGACCUCAACGACACCGACGACAACGCAGACGGAAACGACGGCGAAGUCAACGUCAGCAUCAGCCCGCUGACCCUAGGCACCUACGUGAAACUAUGCUACUUCACCCGCCUCACGGCCCAGCGCGUCAAACGCUGCCGCCGCAACGCGGCGGACCGCCCGGGCGAGGACGCCGUCUACUACGAGGUCUCCCCCUUCUCCCUGAAACCCUGCGACAUGCACACCCCGCACGACCUGACGGAGCUCGUCGACAUGUGGUCCCUCUGCGACCGCUUCCACGACGACCUGCUCCUGGGGAAAGUGUCCACCGCCAUCCGCGAGACGCUCGACGUCGGGGCCGCGAAGCUCGGCGGCAGCUGCGGCGGCGGCGGCGGAGGCGGUGAUGCACAGCAGCAACACGGCGCCGAGUGGUGGGUCUUCAACUUCGCCAACGGCUACGUCGCGCUGGCGAGCCUUCACCGGAGGAGAGACGACGACGUCGAGGGGUUGAUGGAGAGGUUGCGGGAUCUGUUUGUGCAAAACUGUUCGCCGGCUUCGUGGGAGAGGCUCGCGGGCCAGUUGCCUAGCGAGUUCGUGGUUGCGGCGUCGAUUGCGUUCCAGGCCAAGAUGGCGACGUUGAUGCCGCACGAGGCGGCGAUUGCAAGGGUCAAUGGGGCGAGUCUGUGUUAUGAGUGUAAGACUAGGCAGAAGAGGAAUUCCUUCAGACCUGCCAUGAGGGCUAUUAUUGAGUUGAUGUGGAUUCCCUUACACUAUGAAGACCAGAUUACCCUUGGUGGUCUACGAUCCUCGUGGUUCCCUCCAUCCUGUAUCUUGGACAAAGACAAUAGACAGAAUCGCUGGCUGUAUGAGUACUCCUCAUGGCUGAAAAUCACUAUGAUCACCUGCUUGGAUGACGAGGAGCUUCAACUGAUCAACGUCUACGAGAUCCCUCAAUCACCGUGA